AUGCCUAAUGACGAAGAUAGAUAUGACGAAGACGAGGACAACUUGGAAGACGCAGCACAUGCCAAUGAUGAUGAAGCCAAUAAUAAUGAGGGUGUUACAUUGGAGAGCAGCUUGCAAAAAACAAAAAACUUCGGAACUAGCAACAGAGUCAAAAGCAGUAUUGUAGAAGAAAGACGGGGCAUUGAUAGCUUACCCUUGUCUGCUGAAGACUUCAAGAAUCGGAUACAUAACAUGGGUGUGGUGGACUUACCGAUUACUGAUCGCAAAUUUAUAUGGGGCUUGUCUGACCAUUGUCCAAUUAUAGUAGAAGAUAUGAGACAAAGAGAUGGGCCAAGGUCGUUCAGAAGCCUUGAUUUGUGGUUUACACAUGAAGAUUUCCUCAGAAUGGUUAAGGAGGAAUGGAGAGGCAUAGGUGAGGUGCAAUUUACAGAUAAAUUGAAGGCUAUGACAGGUCCUCUGGGAAGAUGGCAUAAAGAUAAAUUUGGUGACAUGGAUAGAAAAAUCAUGAAAUUUGAGGAAGAGAUCAAGAAGAUUGAUGACACGGUGGGUGACGCUGUUAAUGAUGGAACAGUGGAGGCAAUAAGAAAGGCGCUUGUGACUUGCUGUGAGAAAUGGUAUGGAAGGAAGAAGCUACAUUGGAAGCAGAUGUCGCGUUCUAGACAUGUAAAGGACAUUGAUAAGAACACGAGGUAUUUCCACAACCUAGCCUCUGCGAGAAGGAGAAACAACAGAAUUGAUGCGCUACUCAUUAAUGGAAGGUUGAUAAGGAAUCAAGCUAGGAUCAAGAUUGAGAUUAGAAACUUUUACAAAAAUUUAUAUCAUCGGGAAGAGUCUCCUUUGUUGGGGUUCAGGGAUGAUUUGGUGGAUAUGAUUGGUGAAGAGGAUGCUUUGGUGUUGGAGGUGUAA